UUUAUAUUAUAGCGAAGUAUGCUCAUCCUCUAUAUAUAUCUGCAAUGAGUACUGAGUAAACUGCGUGUAAAGUCAACCACUGAUGUCAAGUGUUUGAAUGGGCAGAGAUUGUAAAUAAGUUGUUUACUAAGAAUAAAAUUUCCCGCAUGGCUUACUCCGGUGUUAAAUAUACAAACGUACAGGACGCCCAAGAACAUCGUCUGAUCGACAUGUACGGGACAGAAUUAGGGGAUUCCAUUCCUGACCAAGAUGGAAAGGAUUUGAAACAGCUACCGUCCAAAGAACCAAACUCAGCAGCCAGGAGCAUCGUUCAGUCGCCAUGGAAACGACGCUUACGGCAAUAUGGCGUACCUGGGAUGUAUCUAGCGUUGUUCUUCCUAUACACUGUGUACGUCGUGUUCUCGCUUGUUUAUGACCCCGCUGGAGCUAUUUUCGUUUGUCUACUAGAGGCAGUGCUUCUAUUCAUUGUGAUUUUUAAGAUCUUUAGAGUCGACAUUUGGAAACCCGUCCUUUCAUUGCAAUCGAAAUUCCUAGUUAAGGUGAAAAGACCACGAAGAACGAAAAUAAGGAUCAUCGUGACGGUGGUGGUGACCCUGGCCCUGGUCAUCUUCCUAAUAUGGGACAUCUGGUCCAGUGUCCGCAGAUUCAUACCUAUCGGGGGGAUGGCCAUCUUUGUGAUUGUUCUAUGGAUAACGUCGACAUCACCGAAAAAGGUCCAGUGGAUGACCGUUACCUGGGGCCUCCUACUACAGUUUGGGAUGGGGAUCGUGAUCCUACGCUGGCCCGUGGGGUACGCGGCCUGUAAGUUCUUGGGGGACAGUGUCAGUCAGUUCCUGUCCUACACAGACGCCGGAUCCAAGUUUGUGUUUGGGGAUCCGGGGUAUACUCUCCAUCCUGUGGCCUUCGGGGUUUUACCGGUUGUGAUUUUCUUCAGCGCUGUUGUCUCCGUCCUCUACUAUCUCGGCAUCAUGCAGUUUUUUAUCCGCGUUAUCGCUGCCGUCCUACGGUUUCUGAUGCAGACGACACCCAUCGAGUCGUUUGCUACUGCCGCUCACAUCUUCAUCGGUCAGGUUGAAUCGAGCGUCGUUCUGAAACCGUUUUUGAAUGACCUGACGAAUUCAGAAUUGCACGCUGUUCUUACCAGCGGCUUUGCAACUGUGGCUGGAACAGUGAUAGCUGCAUACAUUGAGUUUGGGGUGCCCGCAGAACACGUGAUCUCUGCCUCUUUCAUGUCUGCCCCCGCCGCUCUAGCUGUUGCCAAGAUAGCGUUUCCCGAAACGAAAUCAACGGAUUUCAAGAUCAGCAAGGAAAUGGAACUAGAAGUCGGAAAGGAACGGAACAUCAUGGAGGCGGUGUCCGUUGGAGCAAUGGGCGCCGUGAAGUUGGUCGCCAAUGUGGUGGUCAAUCUCGUGGCUUUCGUCGCCAUCCUCGCGUUCAUAGACGCCACAUUGUCGUACUUCGGGAGCCGCGUGGGGCAUUCGGAAGUGUCUUUUGACUUUCUCUGUUCAUACAUCUUCAUGCCGUUAGCAUUCAUCAUGGGGAUACCUUGGUCCAAUUGCCGUGUGGUAGGAAAACUUAUCGGCAAAAAGAUUGUCAUCAAUGAGUUCCUGGCUUUUGCCGAUCUUGGUGGUUAUAUAAAAGCAGGGGAUAUUCAGGGCCGGAGUGCGGUGGUAUCUACCUACAUUCUUUGCGGGUUCGGCAGCAUUGCCGCUAUGGGUAUUAAUCUCGGUGCGCUCUCCGCCGCCGAGCCACGGAGGCGAAAAGAUUUCGCCAAACUGAUGUUGCGUGCUGUAGUUGCUGGUAAUAUUGCCUGCUUUAUGACAGCUUGUGUUGCAGGCAUUCUUUAUCAAGAUGAACCAGUCAUGAUUUCUAUAACUAAUUCAACCAACGAUUUAAACUCCACUGUACAAAACUUGACAACAAACAGUAUCAGUGACAUAGUCACGAGUAGUACCCCAGUCAGUGUGACCGUACUUUGAUACUCAUAGACGUGUUUGCAUUAAUCAGUUAUUGUGUGCAUGUGCAUUAUGAUGUAACGAUUGAGAGGGUUGGUUUCUAUGUACCUAUGUAACUGCACUGCAAACUAAACUUCAAAAGCGAGCCACCAGGGUGAUUUUAAACGAACAUUUUUAUUCAUCUACGUCAGAUAAUUUGCAUUUGGGGUUGCAGUGAUAUCCUAUAUUUUAUUUUCAUCGAAGGUUUAUGCAUUGUACGACUCUGUUUUAGGCAAUUACAUGUAGUUUAAAUCACAUAUAAUAUACAUUCAUUUAUCUCCCAGAUAUAAAUGUUUUGUAAGUUCUAUAUCAGUUUCUGUACAUAGUUUCUGUCUGAAAAUACAUUUUCAGAACCGCAAUGUGAACUAGUUUUUAUAAGAUAAUUGUGCUAUCCAGUAUAGAUUUAAACAAUAAAAUGCUUUCUUUGGUGAUUCAUUCGGGAUAUGAAAGUGGCGACAUUGCAGAAAAAAUACAUAUUAACCUGCGUUAGCGGGUAAUGUAAUUUUUUUCUGCAAUUAUCGCUACCUUCAUAACCCACAUGAAUCAUCAAAGAAAGCAUUUUAUUGUUUAUAUUAACAUCUCUCUUUUAACCAAUCAAUAAUUUGAUUAUGAAAAGUAUGUAA